AUGCCUGUAUCCGGCGACUUUCAAGUAAUCUACCAGCAAAUCCUGCGGCAUAAUCAAGCGAUGGCGGAGCAAAACACCCGGCUGAUGGAGAUGAUGGAACGUUUCGGCAAUCAAGAAAACGUUUCCAAUCGACCUUAUCUUAUAUACUACACGGAGUUCAUCAUCGAAUCUCUGGCCUCCAACAUCCGGGAGUUCGUCUACGAUCCAGACAUCGGGCUCGUUUUCGACCGGUGGUACCGGAAGUACGAAGACCUUUUCCUCAAGGACGUAGCGAAGUUGGACGAUGCGGCGAAAGUGCGGUUGCUGUUGAGAAGCCUCAGCGUGACGGUGCACGACAAGUACGUCAACUUCGUGUUCCCAAAGCACCCCCGUGAGUACUCGUUCGAUGAGAUGGUGAAGAAGCUGACAGAGCUGUUCAGCGUCCGAAUCUCCCUGUUCAGCAAGCGGUACCAGUGCUUCCAGCUAACGAAGCACGACGCGGACGACUUUCUAACGUACGCUGGGACGGUCAACCGAUGCUGUGAAGACUUCGAGCUCAGCAAGAUCACGGCGGACCAAUUCAAGAGCCUGAUUUUCACCUGUGGGCACCGAUCGUCGAAGGACGCAGACAUCCGAACGAGACUCCUAUCCAAGCUUGAGGCUAACGCGGCAGAUGAAUGCACUCUGGAAUCACUCAUCACGGAGUGCCAACGUCUGCAAAACCUCAAGCAUGACACGACCAUCGAGAAGAAGAAGACGAAGUCCGAAGGUCCAAAAACACCCUGCUGGCAGUGUGGCGGAAUGCACUACGUCCGGGACUGCAAAUACACGAAGCACGUUUGUCGGGACUGCAAGCAAACCGGCCACAAAGAAGGGUAUUGUGGCAGCUACACAUCGAAGGCGGCACUCAAGAAGAAGAAGCACGUGAACGGAAUUUUCUCCAUCAACCAGGUCAGCUGCACUUCUAGACGGAAGUUCCUAACGGUGGAUAUCAACGGGUCUCAAGUCACUCUGCAGUUGAACACCACGUCCGACAUCACCAUCGUUUCGAAGAAGCAGUCGAAGAAGAACCUGGGCUCGCCAACGCUGACUCCCACAACACGGACUGCCCGGGCUGCGGCUGCUUUUCCUCUACUUGGUGAACUCCGAUACCCAAUCAAACUCGGAGGUGUCACCAAAACCGCAACUUUCUACGUGACCAACAACAGCAUCAAACUGAUCGGUCUGGACUGGAUCGAGCUGUUCAAGCUGUGGGACACUCCGCUAUCUGCAAUCUGCAACCAGGUCCACGUUGCCGAUGGUCAAGUCAAUCAAAUCCAAGUGUACAAAGCUGCGUAUCCCGAAGUGUUCAAGAACGGCCUCGGACACUGCAAGAAGAUGAAAGUCCGACUCUAUCUCAAGCCCGAUGCCAAACCCGUUUUCAAGCCGAAGCGCCUAGUUCCUUUCAUGUCCAUGGAGAAGGUCGAUGCGGAGCUGGACCGACUUCAAUCGCUGGGCAUCAUCACGCCUGUCGAUUUCUCGCAGUGGGCGGCUCCGAUCGUCGUGCAGAAGAAGCCCGGAGGAAAAGUGCGAAUCUGUGCUGAUUACUCAACUGGACUGAACGCUGCCCUGGAGCCCAACCAUUACCCGCUACCGGUCCCUGAUGACAUCUUUACCAAGCUCAAUGGGUGCCGGUAUUUCAGCGUCAUCGACCUGAGUGACGCCUAUCUUCAAGUGGAAGUUGACGACGACUCGAAGCAGCUGCUCACAAUCAACACGCAUCGAGGUCUCUUCCGCUUCAACCGGCUCGCACCAGGAGUAAAAUCCGCUCUCGGGGCCUUCCAGCAGUUGAUGAACAGCCAUGCCUACGGUUUCGUUCUGAGGGAAGAAAAGUGCAACAUUCUGCAGCCGGAGGUAAAGUAUUUGGCGCACAUCGUAGACGAGAACGGUCUCCGUCCAGACCCAUCCAAGGUGGAAGCCAUUGUCAAGAUGCCACCGCCCACAGAUGUCACAACUUUACCCUCGUUCCUUGGUGCGGUAAAUUUCUACGCGAAGUUUGUCCCGAAGAUGCACCAACUGCGGCGGCCACUCGACGCGCUGCUGAAGAAGGAUGCCAAAUUCGUUUGGAACAGUGAGUGCCAGAAAUCGUUCAGGCGCUUCAAGGAAGUCUUCCAGUCGGAUUUGCAUCUGACACACUACGAUCCACCACUAGACAUCAUGCUGCCGACGCCUCGCAGUCCGGAAUCGCCACUCCUCCGGAUAUUCGGACAGAAGAAGGGAAUUCCGGUUCACACGGCCAACCGCCUUCAACGUUGGGCCCUGACGCUUCUGUGCUACAACUUCGACAUCGAGUACGUGUCCACCACGCAGUUUGGAUAUGCCGACGUACUGUCCCGCCUCAUCAACGGUUACGUCAAACCAGAGGAGGACUUCAUCAUCGCAUCGAUUCAACUGGAAAACGACAUCGAGAUUCCACUCCAGGAAGCCAUCAGUUCGCUGACAAUGACGUUCAAAUCGGUGCGCGGCGCUACUCUCCAGUGCCCAGUUCUCCAACAAGUGAUCCAGUACCAGCGUGGAUGGCCCUCCAAAAUCGAUGACAUCGCUAACCCUGAAGUUCGCCCUUUCUUCGCUCAUCGAGACGCUCUAUCGGUAUCUAAUCAUCGAGGCCAUCGGACGGGUCAACCACAACGUGCUGCUGGACGAUUGGCAUAG